UCUGCCUGCGCGUCAUCAGGUAGGUAGGUUCGUUAGGAUUUCAUGAGUUCUGGGGCCUAGUCUUCCAGAGUAUUUCAACCAUAUACAUUCCCCAAUAUGAGCCAGGAUUGGAGAGGUUAUCUUGAGAAUCCCAAAGCCUUACCGUGCCUGAGGGAUUGUUGAAAUGGCUUAUCAGAAGCAGUCUAUCAGUCCCGUCUCAAGCUCCGACCUGCCAUUCCUCUCCGACCUUGUUCACACCUGCAAACUUGCUCUCCCCAUCAACCGUCUCUUGUUCAAAGACUGGCCCAACGAUGCAGCCCAGAAACCACUCUAUGCAGCUGCUGUCGAAUCAGCGUUUAAGGGUGAAUCGGUCGAUUGCCUGAAAUCCGUUGACCAGCAACCUGGAGAUAUUCUCGGAUAUCUUGCUUUGACCAGGAAACGGCCCCAUACUGGGAGUACGGAGACUCAGCCGCCUUCUGGUAAAGGUAUUGGAAGUGAGAAGCAGCAGGAUAUACCCGAAUUUUUCAAUUCCGAGGUCCUCUCGGCUGUCUCAAACGCGGUGUCUGAGAUUGCCAAGGGAACGGAAGGAUUCGAUCAUUUCGAGCUCUCAUAUAUCUGCGUCAAGCCUUCAGCCCGUCGACAUGGAAUAGGAUCGCAAUUGGUCAAUGUCUGCCUCGAAAGGGCGAGGACCGAGGGUAUUCCCCUUGUGGUGUGCUCGGAGCCAGCGGCGCAUGAAUUUUUCCUCAAUCUAGGCUUCAGGGAUACCACACAUGUGGACAUUGAUCUGACAAAGUGGGCUCCAACACACAGUGGGUUUGGCAAUUUCAGGCUGUCUGGAAUGUUUUGGACUCCGUGACCUCAGCUCAGGCCAUUGACAUCGACCAGCGCCUAGGGAGAGUAGCACGAGUGCGAGACUCCAUCCACUUACGUUCAGCUUUGUAUUGAUGCCGUUCUUGAUGAACUUCCAUUGUGAUAUGUUCCGGCUACAGAUACGAGGAAGAGAGCACAAAGCAUGUCCGUUGCCAGACCUUUCUCUGCACCCUCGGUUUCCGUUGGCGCUCUGGACAGAAGUCGCAUGCGGUCUGUACCCAAGGCGGAGCAUCACCUCACAGCGAAUGGCCUGAAGUUCUCCCGGGCUGGCCACCUAACACAGCCUGAAUGAAGGGAAGGAAACCCCCGGGCCCAGAAGUAGCCUCCUUCAAAUGUACAGAGGUAUCCCCGCUGAGGGUGAUGAUUUCCUUGACAAUCUCCAACCGGUGCUCAAGCUCCAAGCCCGCGCCGACGAAGACAUGCUGAAUUGUGCGGGCCUCUCUAGAGGCCUGGUCGAAGGCGCUUCGCAAAUCAUCGACGGUGGUUCCGGCGUAGACGCG